AUGGGCACCGUUGGCGCGACGGCGGACACAGCCAUCACCACCACCUCUACCACCACCAGCACCGCAAUCCCCACCACAACCACCGGCGCCACCCCUACAGCCAUGACCGACGCCGACGCGGCCAACGCCAAGGUGUUUGUCGGCCGACUGCCUGACGGCUGCACCGAGAAAGACCUCGAGGACCUGUUUCGCACCUAUGGCACAGUCAAACAGACCGAUCUCAUUGGCAAAUACGGAUUUGUGGUAACGUAUAGACACCGGCGUAUAGACCCGUACUUUCACACAACUCGCCCCCACAUAACACACCCCUUCCCCUCUCUAUAU